ACUAUCUUUACUUAAAACACUGAUUACUGGAGAUUGAAACGACCCCAAUUAACCUUCGACUGAUUGAUCUCCUCACAAUCGAAAACAUUGUAGAAAUUGUCACUGCCCACGGAGUCACACUGGUAGAGAUUUUUCAGAGAAAUCAUCAUCAGUAAAAAUGGCGGAAGUGGAAGUGAUUCACUCAUGGUCUGCUCCUCGAUCACUCAGUACCAGUCUCAUGUAUGCUUUCGCUCAACGGGAUGAUAUUGAAGUGCUUGAUGAACCACUUUAUGGGAACUAUCUUCAACAGACGGGCGUAAAGCGGCCUUACUUAGACGAGGUUCUAUCGAAAAUGGAAUGUGAUGGUGAGAAGGUCGUCAAAGAUGUUAUCUACGGUUCAGGAAAUAAGAAAUAUCGCUUUUGUAAGCACAUGUCUAAACAACGAUUACCCAAAUUGCCAGAAGAUUUGAUGAAGAAUGGAAAGCACUUCAUAUUGAUACGAAACCCAAUAGAUGUUCUGGCAUCCUUCGAUAAAGUUGUGCCCCCAACAUUUUUGGAGCUCGGUUUAGCUGCUCUUGUUACCAUAUACAAUGAGCUUAGUGAUCAAGGGAAUCCGCCGGCUAUCAUUGAUGCAGGAGAACUUCAACGAGAUCCAGAGAUAGCUUUACGUGGUCUCUGUGAAGACUUGAAUAUUCCUUUUCAGCCUACCAUGCUGAAAUGGGAAGCUGGUCCGAAACUUAUAGAUGGCGUAUGGGCUCCAUGGUGGUAUGACAGUGUUCACAAGUCAACUGGCUUUAAAACAGAACGUGGAUAUCCAAAGACAUUUCCUCCUUUACUUUAUGACUUACUAGAACAAUGUCUACCCUUCUACAACUUUCUCAAGCGUCGUCUUAAGAGAUCAUUUUCCAUUCUGAGCUCACCCUUGCCCCCACCCAGUCUUCCUGUUCCCGAGAAUGAGAAGCUGCUUGCAUGGGUUGGUGAUGAGUUGCUACCUCGUGAUAGUGCAAAGGUUUCAGUGUUUGACUCAGUAGUACAAGGUGGCGAUUCUGUUUGGGAAGGACUUCGUGUUUACAAAGGAAAAGUAUUUAAGCUUGAGGAGCAUCUGGAUAGAAUGUUUGAUUCGGCAAAAGCUCUGGCUUGUGUUGCAACACGUGAAGAGGUAAAGGAAGCUAUAUUCACCACUCUUAUUAGGAAUGGCAUGUUUGAUAAUUCCCAUAUACGCCUAAGUUUAACUCGUGGCAAGAAGGUCACUUCUGGAAUGAGUCCUGCAUUCAAUCUUUAUGGAUGCACCUUAAUUGUUCUUGCUGAAUGGAAGCCACCUGUCUAUGAUAACACCAAGGGUAUUAUUUUGGUUACUGCAACUACCCGUCGUAAUUCUCCAAAUAAUUUGGAUUCAAAGAUCCAUCAUAACAACUUACUGAACAACAUACUUGCUAAGAUAGAAGGAAAUAAUGCAAAUGCUGAUGAUGCCAUAAUGCUUGAUAAAGACGGAUAUGUAUCUGAAACAAAUGCAACAAAUAUUUUUUUUCAUGCAGUUUAUGGUGAAAAAGGCAGAGUCUUUACACCUCACGCAGACUAUUGUCUUCCUGGAAUAACUCGAGCUACUGUCAUGGACCUUGUGGUGAAGGAGGGUUUUGUCUUAGAAGAGCGACGGAUCAGCCUCUCAGAGUUCCAUACGGCAGAUGAGGUGUGGACAACUGGAACAAUGGGAGAACUGAGCCCAGCUGUGAAGAUUGAUGGCCGUUUGAUUGGAGACGGACAGGUAGGACCUGUGACACUAAGAUUGCAGGAGGCUUACAAAAAAUUGACAGAAGAUAUAGGUGUUCCUAUCCCCACCUAUCAGAAAAUUUGAUCGAUUUCUGUUGAAAGACUUAUAUUGCUGGAGUAGACAGCUUGAAUGGUGAAUCUGAUUCACUUUCAAAUAAGUUGGAUUCCAAACAAACAGCUGCAAAUGAAGAACGCACCAGCAGGAAAAAACCCGUGUUCUUCAAAGAUAUUUUUUCGUUGUUGAUUUUUAUAAAUUUAGUUUUUGUAUAGGAUAUGCUGGUUUAAAAUAAGAACCUCUGACUAUGCGUGCUGAGCGCCUAGGUAGUGAUUUGAUGGAGUUUCGGGUUUAGCCUUGUUAUGCAAUGUUUCAUUGUGUUCUAAUAUGUAAAUUAAAAUUCUUGAUUCUGGACAAUUAUCUUAACAUUCAAUAAGAUUUUGGUAAAUUUGCAACUUCGUACAGCUUUGAUUAGCUCUCUUUCUCAAAGCGACCCCACUGGCUUAUGCUAAUUGACCCCCAUGGGCCAUGGUAGUGCCGUGCUGAAAACAGAAGAGUUGGGAUAAAACAAAUGAAUCUAUUUUCAAACUCAAGGGUUUUCUUUCCAUUUAAACAUUAACAUAGUUCACAAACACAAAAUCAAAACCAAAUAUAAUUUAUUGGGCAACAAAUAU